CCCUCUCAGAAUCUACACACAAGAUGCCAGCCAAGACACCCAUCUACUUGAAAGCUGCUAACAAUAAGAAAGGGAAGAAGUUCAAACUAAGGGAUAUCUUGUCUCCUGAUAUGAUCAGUCCACCCCUUGGAGAUUUUCGUCACACCAUACACAUUGGAAAAGAAGGGCAACAUGAUGUUUUUGGGGAUAUCUCCUUUUUGCAGGGAAACUAUGAACUCUUGCCUGGAAACGAAGGAGAAACUAGAGUUACCCAGUCUGGUGGCCACAGUGAAUUCCUAAGGGCAAACAGCACUUCUGAAUCCAUGUUUACAGAAACUCCGUCACCAGUGCUCAAAAAUGCCAUUUCCCUUCCUGCCAUUGGGGGUUCUCAAGCCCUUAUGCUGCCCUUAUUGUCACCAGUGACAUUUAAUUCAAAGCAAGAAUCUGUCAGGCCAUCCAGAAAUCCUAGGCUUAGCUGUGAGCCAGUAAUGGAAGAAAAAUUGCAGGAGAAAAAUAAACAGUUGGAGGAUGGAGAAAUAUACAAAGAUGAUAUAUGGGAGCAAAAUGGUUCUUCAUCGCAUUUUACCAAUGGUAGAGACAGUCACUCAUCCAGCCUUUCCGAACGAUGCACUGAUUGGCAAACAGUUGAUUUAUUUGAUGACAGUCAGCUUUCGUGUGAACUAACCAAGACAGAGACUAAGUCAGAAGAAUCCCUUUCAGAUCUUGCAGGCUCUCUUCUCUCAUUACAACUUGACUUGGGACCUUCACUUUUGGAUGAGGUCCUCAAUGUAAUGGACAAAAAUAAACCUUAGAUCUGGUACUUCUUGCUUCUUUAUAAGUCAUUCAUGUAACAACAAAAAACCACAACUCAAGAGCAGAGACACUUAAUAAUCGGCUGUAUUUGCAGUUGUUCGACGGGUUUUCUAAAAAUGUACUUAAAAUACUAUUUUUUUACCUAUUGUUUUUCGUGAUUUUUAUUACAAUAAAUUCUCACAGCAGGAGGGUAAAUUUUAAUAACAGUUUUCAGCAAAUAAUAUAAAAUGUUUUAAGUACCAGUAUUAACAAUCAAACUUAAGAAAGACAGUUUGAGGAUGAUAUUGAUUGUGACAUUUGGUUAGUUCACUUCUAUGAGCUUCUGAAUAUUUGAGAAUCUGUAAGCGUCAGAAAGGAGACCGAUAUUAAUUCUUCACCUUUAUAAAUUAUUGCAACAUCACUUUACAUGUAGGCCUCUUUCUAGAACCUUAUGUUUGGGAGUUUGGUUGUGUUUUUCUUCAUUUUUCAUUGUACCAUUUCUGUUAUACCUUCACUGUAACUAUUUCCUCUAUUUUCUACUGCUCUGUGUUCAGGUGUGAACAAUUUGAAGGCUCUUUCAGCUUGAACAUGUGGUCCAGAGUCACAGCUGCUUUAAAUGAGCAUGCACAAAUUUAAACAAAUGGAGGCUUUGGAGCUGAUAUUGUAUAUGAAAUCAUAUGUUGUAAACAGGUAGCACAUGCAAGAUACUAUGGUUAAAUUAUUUUAAAAGUUGAAAUAUAUUUUUUGUGUGCAUCUUGGCGUUUUACUGCAGAGCCUACACAUACAGUAUCUCAUCAAAAUAGUUGCUUGACAUUAUUGGUGCUCUUCUGAAAGUUGUAUAAUUGUGUGUUUGAAAAGAAAUAUGUAUUGAUACUCCUAGCUUUUUUUCUUCAUUUAUUGCCACACAUGCUUAAACUUGCAACCGAUUAUUUUAAUUUUUGAAGAAGGCACUGGUUAUUCACAAUGCUUGAUGCGUGCUGCAACAGCCAAUGUUUUGGGAAAUGUGGAUCAUUUAAUACAGUACCUACAUGGAUUGCAUAGAUAUUUUGUGCAAUACAAUAAAAAAAAUCUUUAAA